AUGUUAUCACUCACAGCAAAGCCGGUUUUCCGCUCAACUGGCUUGCGUUUCCUUGUUGUCGCAGUUGUUUUAUUUCUAGGCGUCACCCAAUUUGCCUUGUCUUCCGAGCGUUGGCAAAUCAUCCAGCGAAAGCCGAAAGUCACGACAACGAACAAUAGUCAACAUCCCCUUUGCAGCAAUUUGACAGGUUUUGAUCGUAUCGCAAUCACUGUCAGAACGGGAGCCACAGAAGCAGCUGAGAAGGUCCCAGUGCAGCUCAGGACGUCUCUACGAUGUGUGCCCGUCGAGAAUAUUUUGUGGUUUUCAGAUAUGAAUCAAGAUGUUGGGAGUCAUAAAUUGCAUGAUGCACUUGAUACGAUUGAGCCGUCAGUAAGAGAUGGAAAUUCAGAUUUCGAUAUCUAUCGCAAGCAGCAGGAGCUACAAGACCCAAUUCUGAUCGCAAGCCAAUUGAGAACCAUGAAAGACCCGAGCGAUUCGGAAAAUUUGGCUGCAUGGAAGCUCGACAAAUACAAGAAUAUCCACAUUGUGGAGAAGAGCUGGGCCUUGAAACCAAAUAUGGACUGGUAUUUCAAUAUCGACGCAGAUACGUACGUCGUAUGGUCAAGUCUGCUAUCGUGGCUCCCAAAUCUUAAUUCUGCCAAGAAAUCAUUUAUAGGUGCAAAGACUUAUGACAGCGGGCAUGCCUUCGCACACGGCGGAAGUGGACUUCUCCUAUCUAAAGCCGCAUCUCGAGAUCUUGCUGUCGUAUAUAAUGGGACAGCAGCACGCUGGGAUUCUAAGAUGGACAAGAUCCGCUAUGGAGACGCCCUGCUGGCUCUCGCAUUACAGGAAUAUGGCAUACCCGUCACCAAUUCUUUCCCUAUGUUCAAUGGGGAGACCCCAUCUACAUUGUGGUUCCAUCCCGGAGUCUGGUGCAUGCCAAUCGUUACAUUGCAUCACAUCUCGACGCCUGAGUCGGAACAAAUGAAGGCUUUUGAAGAGAAGAGACCUGAUCAAAACGCUCCAUUGUUAUAUUCCGAGUUGUUUAAAGGAAUGGUCUUCGACAUGAUUCCUGAUCACAAUCUUGAAGAUUGGGACAAUCGCUCUGAGGGAGAGAUUGUUCCCGAUAUCGCUUCCGCAGAAGACUGUACGCUGGCUUGCGCAAAGCAACCUGAUUGCAUGCAAACUCUGUACAAAGAGAACAUUUGCACUCUUGGAAAGCUUGAAGAGAUCGUAUUCGGUAGAAAGCAUGAAGUUGAGGAUGGAGAGACAAAGUGGCGAAGUAGCUGGAACAAAACGAGGAUCGCGGACUGGGGUUCGAGGCAGUCAAAAUGCGAGAAGCUUACAUGGCCGAAACCAUGA